AUGGGUGAUGUUAUCCUGGGAAGGAGCGACGAAAACGAAAAUCGCCGCCCCGAAGAUGUGCUGGGGAGCAUGAUGGCGUCAAUCCUAGGUGCUGACUCUGCAAGGGAACGUUCUGAACUCGUGCGAGAAGGUCUUCAUACUAUGGCGCGAACAGUGGUGGCUGUCAUACUGUUUUCCUUGUUGCUGGCUGUCGGUGUUCUAGAGAUUUUGAUAGGUGCAAUGAACAUCGGCUCAUGUCCGAUUCGCCCUCUUAUACCCAUAUGGCUGGUAGUAGCUGGAUCAGUGAGCUCCCUUCGUAACAUCACUGGAAUUCUGUUGUCCGUAUGGGAUGACAAAAGCGGGCGAAUUGCGGCAGUUCGUGAACUUUUGAUAGGAAUUUUCGCAGCAUUCUGGAUCAUCUGGUUAAUUUUGGGUUCAUACUGGACAUACGGCAUCUACAACGAUGUGGUCUACGAUGAAGGCAAACAAAAUUAUUGUGACCAAUUGACGUACAAGUUCACCUUCGGCAUCAUCACUCUCACAUAUGUUAUCGAAUGGUCCCUCAUUAUAGCCUCAAAAUGGCCGCUAACAUCGCACGACUACAAAGCAGUAGCUAUGGCGUUGACUGUCUAUGUGGUGUUCUGCACUUUCUCAGGUUAA